AUGAAUUUACAACCUGAAAAUAAUACUAAAUCAAAUCUUAAUUUUGUAAGUUAUAACUGCAAGUCCGUCACGAGAUCUGUUGACGCAAUACGCGAGUUGUGUAAGACAGCGGAUUUAGUGGCCCUACAGGAGACAUGGCUGUUACCGCACGACAUCUCGUAUCUAGGUACUAUCGAUACUGAGUUCGCUUAUUGCGGUAAAUCAGCUGUGGAUACAUCGGCUGGAAUUUUGCGAGGACGUCCAUACGGCGGUCUCGCUAUACUGUGGCGUAAAAGUGUUUUUGCGAAUGUUUCUAUAGUAGAAUGUGCAAGUGAGCGUAUAAUGGCCAUUAAAAUAUUAAUAAAUAGUCAGCAAUUUCUAGUGUUCUCAGUGUAUAUGCCUACGGUAUCGGACGAUAAUCUACCCGAGUUUACAGAACGUUUAAGUGAAAUUAGUGCGGUAGUGGAUGAGUGUGGUGCCGAAUAUGUGUAUGUAUUAGGCGAUUUUAAUGCCCAACACAGUACGGUGUUCGGCAAGGAACUCGCUAGUUUCUGUGAUGAGCAACAGUGGGUCUGCGCGGACUGGCAUUUCCUAGGUAUUUCAUCGAAUACAUACACAUAUGUAAGUGACAUACAUGGCACUACGAGCUGGUUAGACCACCUGAUCGUAACCAAAGUGGCAAACGAGACUAUCUCCAAUGUUAAGGUACUGUACGAUGUUUUCUGGUCUGAUCACUUUCCCAUAUACAUAGAAAUAAAAUGUGAUUUCAUUAAAACAGUGUCUGAAAUAGGUAGUAAUUGCCCUGUUAAUAAAAUAAUCUGGGGGAACAGAAAACCUCACCAAAUUGACGUGUACAACGAAAUUUGUAAUGAUAGGUUAAGAAAUAUUGACUUUCCGUUAGAAUUAAAAAAAUGUUUUCAUAAUAAAUGCCAUAAUUUAAUGCAUAGAAUUUUAAUUGAUAAUUUAUAUAAUGAAAUUGUUCAAGUCCUUUUUGACGCAUCCACAUUGUCGUAUGAAAGCAUUAAUAAAAAUAGACGAAAAUGUAUUAUUGGAUGGAAUAAACAUGUUAGACAUGCCCACAGUGAGGCGAGAAAUAGUUUUAAUAAUUGGGUAUUUUGUAAUAAACCUAGAUCUGGGCCCAUCUACUAUGACAUGUGUGAGACGCGAAGGGUGUUUAAAUCUAAAUUAAAAUGGUGCCAAAACAACCAGGAAAAUAUUAAAAUGAACAUUUUAGCCGCUCACCAUACAUCCAAGCGCUUUGAUAAAUUCUGGAAGCAAACAAAUAGACUUAAUCACCUUUCGAGUUUACCUGCUAGCGUUGGAGGGGUUAGUGAGCCGGCCGCGGUGGCCAAUAUGUUUAAAGAGCAGUUCCAGGUCUCCUCACCUUUGGGACCGACAAGACCAAAUAGUCUGUCUUCUGAUGGACAGGAUCGGCAGGUCUACUUACACUUUUCUUCUACAGAAGUAGCAGCUGUGGUGAAGUGUAUGACUCGUGGUAAAUCCCCGGGUCAUGACUCACUUAGUAUCGAACACCUACAGCAUGCGGGUGCGCACCUGUCUCGCGUAUUAUCCAUGCUAUACACACUAUGCGUGGGCCAUUCAUAUUUGCCUAAUGAGUUGAUGAUGACGUUGGUCGUGCCGGUCCCAAAGAAUAAAACGGGUGACAGGUCGGAUAAAAAUAACUACAGGCCGAUUUCUCUAGCAACCAUUCUUGCUAAAGUGUUGGACGGUCUGCUUGAGAAACAGCUAAAUAAAUAUAUAUCACUUCAUGACGCCCAGUUCGGGUUUAGGCCUGGACUUUCUACUGAGUCAGCAGUUCUCUGUCUCAAGCAUACCGUCCGAUACUACACGGAUAGGAAAACGCCAGUUUACGCUUGCUUUUUAGACCUUUCCAAAGCUUUCGACCUUGUAUCUUACGAUAAGCUUUGGAGCAAACUCGAGGAGACGGACAUACCAAGUGAGGUCACUGAAAUAUUCAAGUACUGGUAUGGUAAUCAGCGUAAUUAUGUAAAAUGGGCGGGCUCUUUAUCUGACGAGUACAGAAUGGAGUGCGGGGUGAGGCAGGGGGGAUUAACGUCACCUACGUUAUUUAACUUGUACAUGGACCAAUUGAUUCUUGAGCUCAGCAGCACUAUGCUGGGAUGUUCUGUAGGCGGUACAUCUUUUAAUAAUAUCAGUUACGCUGACGACAUGGUGCUGCUGAGCCCAUCAGUCAGUGCCCUCAGAAGACUUGUCUCCGUCUGUGAGCGUUACGCCGAGACCCAUGGCCUCAGGUAUAAUGCAACGAAAAGCGAACUUUUAAUGUUUAAAGCCAAGGGCAGGGCAUACUCUGUGGUGCCACCUGUAUCACUUGCAGGCACGCCCCUAAAAAGAGUUACGCAGUUCAAAUACCUGGGGCACUGGGUAACGGACACGUUGAGUGAUGACCUGGACAUGGCACGGGAGCGCAGGGCGCUGUCUGUCAGGUGUAAUAUGUUGGCCCGUAGGUUUGCCAAAUGCACUAAAAGUGUAAAACUUACAUUGUUUAAGGCAUACUGCCAAGUGUUUUACACAUGCAGUCUAUGGGUCGAUUAUACACAGAAAGCACACAGCGCCUUGCGUGUCCAAUAUAAUAACGGCUUGAGGGCGCUGUUGGGGCUACCGAAACACUGUUCCGCGUCAGGCAUGUUCGCGGAGGCGCGCGUGGACACCUUCCAGGCCAUAGUGCGGAAGAGGGUAGCCUCCCUGAUGCGGAGGGUGGACGCUAGCUCCAACAGCCUUCUCACUGUUAUUGCUGGCAGGGUGGAUGGGCCCAUACUUAAACACUGGACCAAUAUCCACUUAAAUAAACUACUAACAUAG